AUGACUGUUGAUAAACUUGAGGUUGCUUCAUAUACAGUUAGGCAGCACCUUGCUAGUCGAUACAAGGACAUGACUAAAUUUCAAGAAGGGGCGACGGACUUGCCUCUCACUGGGAUUGAAGCAGUUUUGUCCAGUGAGGAUCUCCAGGAUCUUGACUUCAUCAACGCAGCAAAGUAUGUAAUGAGUCCCCCUAUUAGAGCAUCGGGACAUGACAAGGCCCUUCAAGCUGCUCUUUCAACUGGAAAUCUACAGCUUGUAGGGACUGAUCAUUGUGCCUUCAAUUCCACACAGAAAGCUUUUGGAAUUAAUGAUUUCCGAACAAUUCCUAAUGGUGUUAAUGGUAUUGAGGAGAGGAUGCAUCUAGAAAGGAGCAAUACUUGCUGGAUCUGCUUCUUUGAGGAGCAAGGCAGGCGCUGUAGCAACUUUCCAGGCACGACUCGGGACACGUUUGAUGGUAAAACAGUUCUGGAGUUGAGAUGUGAAGCUUAUGUUCCGAUGGCCAUCCUCUGCAUCAACGACAUUUGUUCAUCCGCCCGCGCAUCCUGGAGCCUCCUCUCCAUUGCAGUUGCGCACCGCUUGGGCCCAGUUCCAGUGGGGGAAACCAGCGUCUUCAUUGCAAUCUCUUCUGUCCACCGCGCAGAUGCAUUGGACGCUUGUAAGUUUGUGAUUGAUGAAAUUAAGGCACCAGUUCCGAUAUGGGAGAAGGAGGUGUAUGCAAAUGGAGAGGUUUGGAAGGAGAACUCUGAGUUUUUGGAGAGAGGAUCAAAGCUUGGUAGUGCUGGGUUGCAGUAGGGAGGUACAUGCUGUUCAAGAAAAGUAAAGAUGGAGGCAUAGGAGAUGAAGGGUUGCUGUGGGGCUAAGGUGAAGGUGGAUGUUGAAUGACCACUUUAUGCAUCCAUGGAGGAGAGCUUUAUUGGUCAUUCGAUGAUGAUUGGAACUUCAGAAAGCGCACAGUUAAAAGGACCCUAAGCUACCAGAGGUCUUCAUGAUGUGUUUCCACUGAAGAUGAGCUGACUUCACAUUGAGAUUUCUCCUCAUUAAAUGAGGGCAUUCCCAGCGUCAAUAGAGGAAUCUCAACACAAUUGCACCCAGCUGAGGAUCUUUCUCCUUAAUGACAGCCUAUAUCCACCCUUGCAUGGUCUGAAUGGUCACUCUAGGCCGUGUGUCACCCUCAGGUUCACCAUCUUUAAUUUUUAAAGUGUUUCUCUUCCCAAAUAAUAUUCUUCAAAUAAAUUUCCGGAUUUCAAUUCUCUCAUUUUUACCCUUAGCAUUUUUUUUAGGUUCCGAAAAAUUCCGUUUUUUUUUAUUUAUAUAAAAUUGGUUGUCAUUUUCUUUCCUGCAAGCCACUUUUGAAUUUUCUUUGUUUUUAAAAAUAUUUUAAAAUACGCAAAAAUCAAAUUUUGUAAUUCCUAGUUAUGGAAUUUACAUAUUUGGUUCAUGCAAAAUAAAUGGGCUUUGGUGGGGGCCCAACAUCAAAUAAAUUUUCUUUAAAAUAAAAAUGAAUUUUGAGUGAAGUGCCAUGCAUGCCUUUGAUGAUUUUGUACUCGAUUUAGUGACAUGUGAGCUAUGUUUAUGCUCUUUGUUUUGCACUAACCCUCUCUCUUGAUAGCGCAUAGUGGCUCGCUGCUCAGGUACACACUCAUUCCCACUCUGGUUAGUUUAUAUGCAUUCUCUGACUCUCA